GAACAAUACAUCAUCAAACACUCAGCGACACAACAACAAUCAGAACUGUACUAGCAACCAUCUUUGCCUGUUGCAGCAUCUGUAGCUUCCUUCUGCGCCUUCCAUCCACGGCUAAUUAAUGGCAACCAUGGUGACCAUGAGUUCCUUCGCCGGUGCCGCCGUCCUGCCGCGGGGCUCGGCUGGUCGCUUCGGCGCCCGGUCUCUGCCAGCGCUGGGCCGACGCGCCCUCGUCGUCAGGGCACAAACCGAGGGCCCGAGCACACCACCGCCAAACAAACCCAAGACGAGCACCUCGAUCUGGGACGCGCUGGCGUUCAGCGGCCCUGCGCCAGAGCGUAUCAACGGGCGCCUUGCCAUGGUAGGCUUCGUGACGGCGCUUGCGGUGGAGGCAGGACGUGGCGAUGGGCUCCUCUCGCAGCUCGGCAGUGGCACCGGGCAGGCGUGGUUCGCCUACUCCGUGGCAGUGCUAACCGUGGCGUCGCUGGUGCCACUACUCCAGGGCGAGAGCGCCGAGGGCAGAGCCGGCGCCAUCAUGAACGCCAACGCGGAGCUCUGGAACGGCCGCUUCGCCAUGCUCGGACUCGUCGCGCUCGCGGCCACCGAGAUCAUCACCGGCGCGCCUUUUAUCAACGUGUAAACUAGCUUUGUUGUCUCGACCCGAUAACACAACAUAUGUAGCUAGUACUAGUAGGACAUGUAAAUGAUGAGAGCUGAUCAUCUUUCAAAUUCUUUGUAGUGCUUAUACUAAUUAAAGAGAGUUCAUACUAUCGGAGCUGCUU